UAGGUAUAUUGCUAUAAUUAACUCUGGAGGACGAGGUUACACUCUCUCCGUAACUGAUGAGAUAGAGCUCCUUCAAUGGCAAAUCAUAAGAUUAGUUAUUUACAGCUGAAGAAACCCUCUUUUUAAGGUUUUAACACCAACACUCAUAUUCCAAAUCACUAGAUUUAGAUUGAUUGGGAUAGAGAGAAUGCCCUCCUUAAUAUCUCCUUCUACACCAACAUUUUCUUCUUCUGCUUCAUCAAAGCUUCAAUGGGUUGUUAUAAGUUCGAUACUGAUAAUUGGGUUUGUGAUCAUGAUUAGUAACAAGAACCCUGAUUGUCUGUCAGAAAAUAAUGGAGGUAAAACAUCACCUCAUGCUGUUACUACCCAUAAUCAAGAAAAUGAAAACGGAGAAGCACUUCUGUUAUCUUCGUCAUCAUCCUCGUCGUUUCGACGCACCGACAAUUCUCGUAUACUCUCAGAACAGUUGAGUAAAUUACAAGGACUUGAAGAAGGUCUAGCAAGAGCUCGGUCUGGGAUAAGAAAUGCAGCUCGAAACCAAACAUCACAUGGAGAAGAUAAAAAUUCCAUUUAUAGGAAUGCUGGUGAGUUUCACUGGAGCUACUCAAAAAUGGAGAAAAUGUUUAAGAUCUAUGUAUACGAGGGCCUCUAUUCAACAGAGGGAAUGUUUAUAAACGGGAUAGAGACUAGUAAACAAUUGCGAACACGGGAUCCUGAUAGAGCUCAUGUCUACUUCCUCCCAUUUAGCAUCAAAGUGAUGGUUCGUUAUCUUUAUGAGAGUGAUUCUCAAGACAUCGAGCCGAUAAAACGUACCAUUACGGAAUAUGUUGAUGUCAUUGCCAGAAAAUAUCCCUAUUGGAACAGAAGCUCAGGAGCUGAUCAUUCCAUGCUAUCUUGCCACGAUUGGGGUCCACGCACAUCUUCCUCCAUUCCAAUGCUAUACAAAAAUUCAAUUAGAGCUCUCUGUAAUGCAAAUACGUCCGAGGGGUUCAAUCCCUCAAAAGAUUUAUCUUUUCCAGAAAUCAAUCUUCGCAAAGGUAAUCUACCAGUUAUAGUUGAGGGCUUACCGCCAUCUGACCGUUCUAUACUUGGUUUUUUUGCCGGGCGACUGCAUGGAAAUAUCAGAGUCAUACUAGUACAACACUGGAAAUACAAAGAUGAUAAGAUACUAGUCUAUGAACACCUCCCAGCAGGAAUCUCAUACGGCACCAUGAUGAGAAAGAGCAGAUUCUGCUUACGCCCAAGUGGCUAUGAAGUCGCGAGCCCAAGAAUUGUUGAAUCAUUUUACUCAGAAUGUGUUCCAGUUCUGAUAUCUGACCAUUAUGUUCCCCCAUUUAGUGACGUCCUCAAUUGGAAUUCUUUUUCAGUUCAGGUACGGGUAAAUGAGAUUCCGAACCUGAAAACAAUACUAAUGAGUAUAACUGAGGAACGGUAUUUGGAACUGCACAAGAACUUGAAGCAGGUUCUGAAACAUUUUAUGGUUAACGAUCCUCCUGUUAGAUAUGAUGCCUUUUAUAUGACUAUUCAUUCAAUUUGGCUUAGGAGAUUAAAUAUUAGAAUCAACACUUGAUUUUUUUAGUGAUUGUAGGCAAAUCCUGUGUGAGUUGUUCAGAGUGUCAUUGUUGGUACUUGUUCACUUGUUUAUACAAAAAUGUAAAUUUCCUUAUCCCAUUUCAGCUCUGUUAUUGUUCUUCCAGGAUUCCGCUAAUACUGUAUAUGCACAUAUAUAUUCCGAUAGUGAUUCAUGGUAUUUA